AUGAGUCAACUUGGGCUAAUGUUGCGGGAAUCGCUUCAGAGAGACCGAGAGGAAAGAACGAUUCUGGGUUUGUUAACGGAGCAGAUGGAAUCUGCGAACGGGGAUGAUCAUAGUGAUAGAGAGCCUCGAAGGAGACGGAGUUUAAAAGAACGGCUAAGAUUCACCGGUAUGGGGUGUUGUGGGGCCACCUGGGGUUUUCGUCCGGCCUCCGUUAGGCGCGAAGGAGAGGAGGAGGAGGAAGAAGAAGACGACGACGAACGGCGGCAGCAGCGGCAAAGGCUUCAAGAACCGAAUCCUGGUCAAGGAUCGAGCUCAUCAGACCCGGAUUGUUUGAGCCCCAACCCAGCGGGUUCGGGCAUGAAUCUUGCGGCGGCAUUGGCGGCGGAGCGUCAAUUUCGGGGGACGCAAGAACCAGAAACUGGGAGGCAAGGAACCACCGGAGACAAUUUCCGGCGGGAAGGAGUGGGUGCGGCGCCGGGGACGCCGUGGAGGGUGUCGCUGAUGAGGCUGCUAGAGGAGGGUGAGGGAGGCGACGUGGACAUGACGGUGACGGUGACGGAGAACGGAGGAGCGGGGAAUGAUACGGUGUGCUGCGUGUGCAUGGGAAGGAAGAAAGGAGCGGCAUUUAUCCCAUGUGGGCAUACUUUUUGCAGAGUGUGCUCCAGAGAGCUGUGGCUCAACCGAGGGACCUGUCCCCUCUGUAACCGUUCGAUCCUCGAGAUUCUCGACAUCUUCUGA